AUGCCGAAUAGCAAACCGUCGCAGAGUUUGAAGGACCAUGUCAACCAGAACGUGAAGCAGGUGGUGCUCGGAAACCUCCAAUUCAAGGCAUGGUUUGAUUCGCGUUACCCAGAGGAGCUGGUGCGGCCAGGCGAUGGGACGCUGUACGUCUGCCGUUGGUGUUUCCGAUACACAUGCGACAAGCAAGCAUACCUAGGCCACACACACGCCUGCGAAAGCAAGGAUACGCCGCUCGGCACUCAAAUUUACGAUCACGACGGUUAUUCGGUAUGGGAGGUGGACGGCGAAGAUCAGAAACUAUUUGCGCAGAAUCUCUCCCUCUUCGCAAAACUGUUUCUAGAUCAUAAAUCGGUCUUUUUUGACGUGUCUUCGUUCCUAUACUAUCUCCUCGUCUACACGAAUCCUACGAACCCGAACGACUAUUACAUUCUUGGAUUCUUCUCGAAGGAGAAGAUGUCAUGGGAUGCCAAUAACCUAGCGUGUAUCCUCAUCUUCCCGCCAUACCAACACAAGCAACUGGGGAAGCUCUUGAUGGGCAUUAGCUAUAAGUUGAGCGCAUGGGAAUGGGGGGACGGCGUCAUUGGUGGACCUGAGAAACCUCUCAGUGAAAUGGGGCACAGGAGCUAUGUGAGGUUCUGGGAGGAGAGAAUUGCUCGGUUUCUACUUCAUGUGAACCCUAGCGGCGCGAAGGAAGAGCAAACCAAUGCAAAACCACAAACCGGAAAGAAAUAUAAAAAGAAGCCGCCUCGGGAACAAAUGACAAUCCAGGAUAUCGGGCAAGCAACCGGGAUGCUAGUCGAAGAUGUCCUUACUGCCCUGAAUUCCAUGGGAGUGGUCCAGGCGGAGAAGAAGCCGGCGAAACGGAAGAGGGCCUCACAGCCAGAUGAUGAAGAGGACUUGGCUACUGCAGUCGUCAAAAGAUCUAGUGUUCUUGAAUGGUCCAAAACGCACAAUAUCAACUUACGAGACCCGGUUCGUGAAGAGGGAUUCCUAGGGGAAUGGGCCAUGGGCAGUGAGAAGGAAGACUCGGAUUGA